GCAGUGUUCGACACACGGGCGGUAGUGUACGUUUUGCGGUCAUCGGGCGAGUUCCAUUCGCGACGCGCAGUGGUAAAUGUUAUCGACACACAAACACACACACACACACAAACAUUUGUGUAAACAUAUUUUUAUUUGAUUUAAUUUUUCAUUCGGUUAUUAUUUUUUCGUUCAUUCGUUUUAUCGUUAUCGUUUUUCGUUCGUUCAUUCAUUCAUAAUUUAUUCAUUUGGUUCGCUACGCAAUAAACGAUACUUGGAAAACCUCACGAUGUCCGUGUCCACGUUGAAUAUGACUCCCUACUUCACCGGAUACCCAUUUCAAGGCCAAGGCCGCAUGAACCAGCUCGGUGGCGUGUUCAUCAACGGUCGGCCGCUUCCCAACCACAUCAGACUGAAGAUCGUCGAAAUGGCUGCGGCCGGUGUACGCCCGUGCGUCAUAUCUCGGCAGCUCAGGGUGUCGCACGGCUGUGUGUCGAAAAUACUCAACCGGUACCAAGAGACCGGAAGCAUACGGCCCGGCGUGAUCGGUGGUAGCAAGCCUAGGGUGGCCACGCCGGAUGUGGAGAGGCGCAUCGAGGAGUACAAGAAGGCCAACCCAGCCAUGUUCAGCUGGGAGAUCCGCGACAAGCUCGUAAAGCAGGAUGGCAUUUGUGACAAAAACUCCGCUCCAUCUAUCAGUUCCAUCAGCCGACUACUGCGCGGCGGUAGAAGAGACGAGCUGAAAAACCAUUCAAUCGACGGUAUUUUGGGUCCGAGCAGCGCUGACGACUCUGACACUGAAUCGGAACCUGGUUUCCACUUGAAACGCAAACAGCGCCGGAGCAGAACCACGUUCACCGGCGAGCAACUCGAAGACUUGGAGCGCGCAUUCCACAAGUCCCAGUACCCUGAUGUGUACACCAGAGAAGAGCUGGCCCAAAAAACCAAACUCACCGAGGCCAGAGUGCAAGUGUGGUUCAGCAAUCGCCGGGCUCGCCUCAGAAAGCAGAUGGGCACGCACCAACACAUGAACGCCGCGGCUGCGGCAGCGUUCAACCCGGCAGCGGCGGUCGUCAGCCUCUCGGCCGGCUCGUUCCAGUCCCCGACCGGUGGCCAACACGGAGCUCACGGCCAGUAUGGCGGUCACGAUCAUCACUCGUCCGCCGCCGCGUCAAACUUCAAUUCUCCCCAAGGGACUUCCCACGGCACGUGGCCAGCCGCCGCCACUGGAUACUAUCCUGCGACGUCCUGCAACUACGGGCCUGGCAGUGGCGUGAACGGCGGCACGUCCGCCGACGCCAUGUACCACCACCCGCACCACGCGCACCACCAGCACAACAACAACAACAACAACAACAACAACAACAACAACGGUGGCGCUUCGUAUUCACCGCAGGGAUCGGCGGUCGACCAUCAUUCGUUGGGAUGGACAAAGUCCAACAAGGACGUGACAGCCGCAGCUACUUGGAGCCCAGACAAUUACUCGUUCUUCGCCGGCGGCAACACCAUAUACGGGUCUGGUUCCAAUUUGGCUCCACCACACUCGGCUAGCGAAGCCAAGUCCGGAUAUCCGUACUUCGGUCAACUGUCCCAAAUGGACGCCAUGUGUGGCAGGGUGCAUUAAAUGCGAAGAUGAUGUCGAUUAUGAUUUUACGUUUUCAAACUCGUCCCCUUUCCCUUCCUCUGACCUUACUGCAAUUGUAUUGUUACUGCAGUGUUUUCUCUCGGCGCAUCCGAUCCGCAGCAAUAUAAACUAUGCCCGAACAUAUUUUCAUUUUAUUAUAAUAUAUCAAUAUUGAAUUAUGUAAUUUGUAUAUUAUUAAACUAUUAUCAUUAUUAUUAUUAUUAUUAUUUUUAUUAUAAUUAGAAAAUAUUAUCAUUAUUAUUUUAUUGUAAGUAUACAAAACUAAAUUCUAACGGUAAAGUAAAACUUAUAACGCGUACCUAUAAUUAUAAAUUGUACUAUAUUAAAUUAUAAUUUUACACUAAAGAUGUCUUCUUUUUCUUAAAAAGGUGCAUAAUGUGCAUACUAUUAUUUAGUUAUAAAGAGUUAGAGAUAAGUUCUUGAAAAAAACAUUGUACAUUAUUUUCAUACAAUAUAUAAUAGUAUAUGUAAGAUUA